GUGUUAAGCAAGUGAGUUAGUGAGGCGGCCGUUACUCGCUAGUUGGAGUUCAGACUCGGGCGCAUAACGACGCGUGUUCUGUGGGUGUAUGUGAUAGUAUAUGUUCAAUUGUUCGUGUAUGAAAUAGGUCCGUGAAACUUCAUGUUACAAGAAAUUUAAAGUAAAGCUGCCACCGCGAAGACUUGAUAGCAAAACAGUCCAGUUUCAUCCAGCAAUGUCGAAGUGAAGCAAUGAAUAAAGAAAACAUGGAGGCACAAAACGCAGCCAGGACUUUGGGAAAGGCGCACUUGUCGCAUCUGCCGCAGAGACCCCCAAUUAAUCUCGGCUUUCAAGAUCUAUCUUACACUGUCUCAAAUGGAAAAACCUCAAAACUUAUACUACGUGGAAUCAACGGUGAAUUUCGCUCCGGGCAGCUAACUGCCAUCUUAGGUCCGUCAGGCGCUGGCAAGAGUACACUGCUUAAUAUACUAGCCGGAUACAGGGUAAAUGGCGCAUCCGGACUUAUCACAACGAACGGGGAGCCAAGGGACUUACGACUGUUCAGAAAGUUGUCUCGUUAUAUCAUGCAAGAUGAUUUACUGCAGCCUCUCAUCACAGUGCAGGAGUCGCUGACGAUGGCAGCGGACUUGAAACUCGGAAACGACAUGAACAAAGAGAGGAAGACUAUCAUCGUAGAAGAAAUAAUCCAUUUGUUAAGAUUAAGCAAAGCACGGAACACGUCGAGUGAGCUUCUGUCGGGCGGCGAACGGAAGCGAUUAUCCAUUGCUUUGGAACUACUGAACAACCCUCCCGUGAUCUUCCUCGAUGAACCCACAACUGGUUUAGAUGACGUAGCAUCUUCAACUUGCGUGUCACUCCUAAAACGAGUUGCUCGAGGUGGUCGAACUGUAAUAUGUUCGUUACACACUCCAUCUGCAAGAAUAUUCUCUGUAUUCGAUCACGUAUACGUAGUGGCUGACGGCAGAUGCGCGUAUCAAGGCACGGCAGCUGGUGUCAUACCAUUUUUGAAAGAAAUAAAUCUGCCUUGUCCGACAACUUAUAAUCCAGCCGAUUUUAUAAUAGAAGUGUCGAGUGGUGAAUAUGGUUCUCACAUAGAUCAGAUGGUAGCAGCAGUUGACAAUGGUAAAUGUCAGAGAUGGAGGAGUUAUGCAAUGGAAGAGGAUAAUGAGGAUUUGGAGAUAGAGGAGUUGAACACUGGAGUGGUGGAGAGACAUAACUACAAGUAUGAGAGCACACCGUUUCAACAGUUUUAUGUGCUGUUAAGACGGAUGAUCCUGCAAACUUUAAGAAAUAGGGACUAUCUCUGGUUACGAAUAGGACUCCACGUGUUCCUGGGCGCAAUCGUCGGUGCUCUAUUCAAUGACAUGGGUUACGAUGCUUCUAAAACUUUAUUCAACUUCGGAUUUUGUUAUGCUUGUAUCAUAGCUAUGUUGUAUACGACGAUGAUGCCUGUGUUAUUAGCGUAUCCGACAGAAGUGCUGCUAGUCAAGCGCGAAUAUUUCAACAGAUGGUACGGCUUGAAGCCUUACUAUGCAGCCUUAGUUGUCUCUCGGACUCCUCCCACGAUUUUCUUCUCCCUCAUUUACCUUGCCAUCGCAUAUCCUUUGACGUCACAACCGAUGGAAUUUUCUAGAGUGUUGAUGUUCGUCACUACCUGUAUUCUGGUAGCAUUGAUAUCAGAAUCGAUGGGGACGCUGAUAUCGUCAACGUUAAGCGUUGUGAACUCAAUGUUCGUGGGACCAGUAGUUGCAGUGCCCAUGAUGUUGUUAGCGGUAUACGGUAUUGGUAGUGGAGACGAAGCUCCGCCUCUGAUCUGGAGGUUGGCGCGUUAUUGCUCAUUCAUGAGGUACGGCCUGGAGGGCCUCAUCAUGGCUGUGUAUGGACCACCGAGGGAUGAUCUUAUUUGUCCUGCUGAUGAGGACUACUGCGAGUAUAAGAAUGUUAAAUAUUUCGUGAAACUAAUGGGCAUGUCCGACGUUUCAAUUACAGUCGUAUUUCUAAUGCUAUUCGUUUCGUUGCUGGCGAUGAAUCUUGGAGCUUACUACCUUCUAAGACAGAGACUGUCACCGAACUAUGCCUUCCGAGCCAUCAAGCUUAUUGGAAGGUUCAUUAAAACUAAAAUGAGCCUUACGCAGUAGCCGUAAGUUAGAUGUAGCUAAUGUAGUUAUUAGAAAUAGCGAUACCCACCCUAGUGGAAGCGACAGAACAUUUUCACGAAGACAAAUCUACCGAUCACUAUCUCACCAGACAAAUAACAUAUUAUAUUAUAAUAAUUUCUUAAAUUAAUGAUGGUUAGUAUGGAUUAAGUUGGUGAAGUAAAUAAUACCAGUAACAAGUACUCUUGACAUUCAUUGACAUGGCUUCAAAGUAAUAUCGAUAUCGUGACAAUUUUUCAAAAUAUAACAAUAACAUAUAUAUAACAACAUACCGACAUGACAAUAGUUUUUUUUUAUAAAUGACAGUUGUUUUUUUUUGCAUACUUUUUAAUUUAUUUGUCUGUGACUAAACUUGACUACAUUUUGACAAUAUUUAUUUUUAUUUGAUGCCCAAAUCGUCAUAUGAGUUAUAGUCGUACUUUGUAAUUAAAAAAAUAUUUUAUUUUUAUGUGGUAAUAUUGUUUGAUUUCGUUUCUAAAACACUAUUACUAAUCUUUAAGCAUAGCCAACAUGUUUUUUUUUUUUAUUAACAGCCCAGCUCAGUGACUUUGGCAUACACAUACAGCCUGUUAAUUCUUAAAUUUUAGAUUAAGAAAUAUGUUAAUUAUAUUUAUUCCAGUGAUUUAUGAAAAGUUAAUUGAUGGAUAUUAUAAUUAAAUGUGAUAUUUAGUAAUAGCAAUUUAGUAAAGUUUUUAUACAAGUAAUAUUACAAGCAUUAUUGAAAAUUUAUUCUUUUAAAAAUUAAAUGACAAUGACGACAUGUUCUUUAUGUAGAAAGUAAAAGAAAGUUUUUAUGUAAAAUUACUAAUCCUAACAAUAAAAACAUUUAUAAUUGUAAAAUAGAAAAUUUUAUUUUUAAUUAGAAUUAUACUUAAAUUAGUGUCUAUUGUUUAUUUGGUAGUGUAAUAAUAGCUUCUAAGAAGGAAAUGCCAAGUGAAAAAGAAAAUUGCCAGGUUAUUGGUUAUUAAUACUGUUUUUAUAAAUGUACAAAAAUUUUUUUUCUUACUGUAAUUUAAAUAUAUUUUUUUAUCUAAUUUAUCCUAAAUGGUGUAAGACUGG